CCCACCAUCGACGACGUCCUUUGUUGUUCCUGCGCAGUCCACGCCAUCCGCCCCGCUCACAAUGCCCGUCGUCGACGAUGAUGACGAGUGGCAGGCCAUGCCCGUCGUCUCCUCGUCCUCGGCAAAAGAUGAGGCGCCGUAUGGGUAUGAAGGCCCUCCAACCGGGUACGGAUAUGGAUCAUCAUCGGAUGAUGACGACGACGGCGGCGACGAGGGCAACGAGUCUUCUUCGUCAACAACAUCUUCAACGCGCAGACGCACCCGACACAAGAGGCAGUCCUCAAACAAGGGGCGAAGAGGAGGGGCCGCCGCCGCCGCCGCAUUCUCCCACGCCUCAACAACAUCAUCGAGUGCGGCCACAACGACGAACGCAACGGGCCGCAGCUUGAAUGUAGACGACGCCCGCGGCUACGACUGGCGCAGCAAGCCUAUCUCGUCGAAGCACGACGACGACGACAGCGAUGCAGAAUCGGAUGAGGACGAGCAGGGCAAAGGCUAUACGCAGCUCCGCCUCGACGAGGACGUCGAAGGUGACGAGCUGCACGCUGCCACCGAAUACCUCUUUGGCGCCGGAGGUCCCACAGAAGGUCCCAAUGCUGCUCCUACUCCUGGUCAGCCAGUGGAAUCAUCCGUCGGUUACUCCUACCACCAAAAUGAAACAAACGCCACCCCUCUAAGCCAAAUGAUGACCACAAAGGCUCUCCUCUCCGAAUCUCAAAAGAUCGCCUAUGUGGGGUUAUGCUCUCUGGAGGCCAAGCACCUCGUACAUCAAUUGCGUCGUAUCCCCGGUUCGGGAAAGGAUCUGGCUUCGGCGAUCAAGAGUGCAGAGGAGUGGCAACUUCGCGUCGAGGCUAGACUGUUUCAACACAUGGACAUCGAUGCCUCUGAGCAGAAGAUGAUUGGGCAGUUGGGGGAACAUGGUGUGUUGCCGACGGAUUUGGCGCCUAGUCUUGUUACUACUUCCAAGGUGGAGAAUCCCGAUUUUGAUCCUGUGGCUAAGGAGGAGAGGGAGGAGGAGGAGGAGCGGGCACGAGGGAGUGUUGAAGAUAAGGAGCCGGAGGGGGAGGGCGAUGUCGAGGUGGAUCAGGCGGAGGGAGACAAACUCCACCACGACAAGGGAGGGAUUGGUGAUGGUGGGGAUGACGAAGACGACGACGGCGAUGGCGAUAUUGGUGGCGCAUUGCAAUCACCUCAGUCGAAGCAUGCGCCUGUGCCGUCACACCGAGAAGGGAAUGCGGGACCAGCAGAGGAGGACGAUGGAGACUUGGGCGCGCCCUCAUCACCCGUCAAGCAGGGCACAGACACCCUUCAUUCCGAUUCUAGCCCAGCGCAUGACGACGAUGAGGGCGACAUCACCACUCUAGCGGAAGGUGCAGCGACUCCCACCCCGGGAUCUCCCAAGUUCCAGCCACCCGCCGCUAGCCCAUCAGCAUCAACUCCUCCCCUCGCAGGCCCCGCCCGUGCCGACCCCAACACAGCUGCCCAACUAGCCGCCGACGAAGCAAACGUGACGGCAGCCAAUGCUUCCAAGCCAGAAGGGGGCGGGACCACGCACUUUGGCCUCACCUCCUCCCCACAACAGGUUCAACCACCACCAAACGCUCUGCCCGGCGUCACAACAUCCAUCUCCACGGCGGACACGCACAUCACCCUCGACCUGCGCUGGACGGUCCUCUGCGACCUCUUCCUCGUCCUCACAGCAGACUCCGUCUACGACUCUCGCUCUCGCGUCCUCCUGGAACGCGUGGCCGAGCGACUCGGAUUGACGUGGAUGGACGUGACCAAGUUCGAGAAGAGGGUGACGGACGCCCUCGAGAUCGAAGAGGGGGUGGAGCGCUUGAAGGACAAGAAGGCAAUUGCCCGCCGUGAGAAGGAAGCACGCAACCGCAAGUGGGCAAUGGUCGGCCUAGCCACCGUAGGUGGGGGUCUGGUCAUCGGCCUCUCUGCGGGUCUAGCAGCCCCACUAGUCGGAUCAGGCCUGGCAGCCCUGCUUGGUGGAGUGGGGAUAGGCGGGACAUCGACCUUCCUCGGCAGUAUUGGCGGAGCGGCCCUUAUUACCACAACGGGCGCCUCAGCGGGCGCCGCCCUCGGUGGUCGUGGUAUGGCUCGACGCACGCAGAGUGUCCGCACCUUCCUCUUCAAGCCGAUCCACAACAACAAGCGCAUAAACUGCAUCGUCACCGUUCCCGGCUUCACCUCUGGCCCACAAGACGACGUCCGGCUGCCCUUUAGCGUCAUCGACUCGAUAAUGGGGGAUGUAUUCUCCGUCCUGUGGGAGCCAGAAAUGAUGCAAGAGAUGGGAAAUGCCAUGUUCCUCCUCUGGAACGAGACGGUCAUCAUGGGCGUACAGCAAGUCCUCAUGACCACCAUUGCCGGUGGAUUGCUCGGCGCCCUAGCCUGGCCUUUAUGGCUCACCAAGCUAGGUUACCUAAUCGACAAUCCAUGGAGCAACGCCUGCACCCGCGCCCAAGCGGCAGGCAAGAUCCUCGCCGAUGUACUCUCCCAACGUCAGCUGGGCGUGCGGCCUAUCACGCUUGUGGGCUUCUCCUUGGGGGCGCGGGCGAUUUUCUACUGCCUGUGCGAGCUUGCGAAAAAGAAGGCAUACGGCGUAGUACAAAAUGUGUACCUCUUCGGCGCCCCCGUAACGGCUAGCGACGCCGUGUGGCGCUCAGCCCGCUCCGUCGUUCCCGGUCGUUUCGUCAACGGUUUCUCCCGUACUGACUGGAUCCUCGGAUACCUCUUUCGUGCCACAUCCGGCGGGUUGCGCAGUAUUGCUGGCCUGCACCCCGUGGAGCGGGUGGCCGAUGUGGAGAAUGUGGAUGUCACGCAACACGUACCGGGUCAUUUGAUGUAUAGGGCUUUUAUGCCUUUGGUGUUGAGUGAGGUUGGGUUUAGGGUUACACAGGAUUGGUUCGAUGAGCCGGAGGAUUUGAGUAAGGUGCCUGAUAGGCAGGUGGUGGCAGAGGGGAUGGAGAGGGAGGAGAGGGAGAUUAGGGCGAGGCAGGGUGGGGGGUUGGGGAGGAUGUUUAAGCGGGGAGAAAAGAGCGAGCAGGUCGGUGCUGCGCCGCCGUCAGGGUCUGCUUCUGCUGCUGCUACUCCUGCGCAGGGCAGCAGCAAUGACUACGAGUACGACGAGGACGAGGACGAUCUACCCCCACGGGAGGAGCACGUCGCCUCAUCCACCAAGCACGACUCCGCCUCCGCUUCUGGUGACGAGCGCACCGCAUCGCCUUCCCGAUCCUCUUCUAAAUCCUCCCCCCCUCCUCCCCUCACCCCAGAAUCGGAACAGCCCGCACACCUCUCCACCCACAUAGAUACGGCCGCACUGGUAGCCUCGUUACGGGAAACGGGAAUUGAGGUCAAGGAGCUACAGAGCUCCCUCCCCGCGCUCAGUCUCGAGAAGACGGGGUUGGUGCCCAAGCCUAUCCCUACCCCUCUCCCUGGGGUGGAGGCGGAGGGAUCGGCUAGUACCACGCCAAGCACGCCCACGACGCCUUCGACGCCUUCGGCCGCGUCUGCGCAGAGCCAGCAGAGCACGCAAAGCAAGCCAGCACCGUCAUCAGCAGCAGCAACUGCGACGAAGAGCGCGCCCGGGAGCGGAUUCAAGGCUAGCCUCUCGAGCUUCUUUGGCGGGUCGCGCUCCUCUAAGUCCUCUUCUACCUCUACCUCUACUACAUCAGGUUCCGCCUCUGCCUCAUCUACUCGCCCAUCAACGCCUACCACGCCUCAAGUCCCGCCGUCGGCACCUGUCCCCGCGCCACUGAUGAGCGCACAAGCACAAGGCGGUAGCGGGAGCGGGACGCGCCCACUCUACCUUUCGAGUGGCUCAGCUAGCUCUAGUCGACGGAAUAGUGCGGCCACGAUCCCAGGCCCUGUCGCCUCGGGCUCCUCGACCCCAUCCACGUCCACGUCCACGUCCAGUCGACCGACGACUGCUAUGGGCUCCCGUAUGAGCGGGAGAGGGAUGGCUACCCCUCCUCUCGGCACGGGCGGCGAAGGGUUUAGCGGGACCGGCUCUGCUACUGGGCGGGACUCACCUCUGCUCGGUACAGGGCCGGGAACGGGGAGGGCUCCUUUCAGUUAUGCCUCCUCCUCGUCCUCUUCGGCGAGCACACCCCUCCCACCACCUCCAGCCACGUCGAUAGGAGGGGGGGAAGGUGGAGUCAACCUCUCCUUUGCGAGUGAUUUUGAUGAUGACGACGAGGAGCAAGGGGAGGAGGCACAGCGCCCCUUCCCGCUUGGUAAGGGGGGAGAGCAGAAUCAGGAUCAGGGAAGGGAGGCAGAGCGACUAGGUGUAGGCGCGACGGCCACCUCGUACGGUCUGUCCGCGGAGGAAGCAAGGGAGCUUGCACGACGCUUUGGCGGAGGCGGGGGCGGUACGAACAGACAGGAGGCAUUCAGCGGUAGAGGAGGAGGUAGUGGGGCGGGCAAUGAGGGAUGGUCUACAUCGACAUCGAUAUCAGGAGGGGAAGGGUGGGGGGAUCCUUCUCCUUUUCCUCCUCGCUCAGCAGCGUCAGGGUCAGGAUCAGUCUUCUCUUCUUCCGGGCCGCUUCGCCCACUCGAGACGUCCUACGGGGCUUCGGUGCGCGAGAGGGAGAGGGAGCGUUCCUCUUCCCUCGUGAGCGGUGAGGUCGACGGCGCAGGCAAGGAGCGUGGCGCGGCAACGGGGACGGGGACGCGGACCGGGUUGAACCUCGAAGAGGAGAAUCCUUGGGGAUAAGUCAUUGUAGGAGGGGAGGGUGGGACACCAUGUCAUGAUGCAUUUUGUAGCCAGGCGAAGGCUGUGUGACGUGGAGUCAUUUAGCUUGCUUUGCUGUGCU